AUGGAAGAGAUGGAAGAGGAGCUCAAGUGUCCGGUAUGCGGCUCCUUCUACCGGGAACCUCUAAUCCUACCCUGUUCACAUAACUUGUGCCAGGCAUGUGCCCGGAACAUCCUGGUGCAGACGCCAGAGACGGAGUCGCCUCAGAGCCGACGUGCCUCGGGGUCAGCUGGCUCCUCAUCCGACUAUGACUACCUGGACCUGGACAAGAUGAGCCUGUACAGUGAGGCAGACAGCGGCUAUGGCUCAUAUGGGGGCUUUGCCAGUGCACCCACUACACCAUGUCAGAAGUCACCCAAUGGUGUGCGUGUCUUCCCUCCAACUGUCCCACCAGCUGCACAUCUCCCACCGGCUUCAGCCACUGCCUCACUGGCACCAGUGCCACGCAAUUCCUGCCUCACCUGCCCGCAGUGCCAUCGCAGCCUGAUUCUGGAUGAGCGGGGCCUUCGUGGUUUCCCCAAGAAUCGUGUCUUGGAAGGUGUCAUUGACCGUUACCAGCAAAGCAAAGCAGCUGCUCUGCGCUGUCAACUGUGUGAAAAGAUACCCAAGGAGGCCACAGUCAUGUGUGAACAGUGCGACGUCUUCUAUUGUGACCCAUGCCGGCUGCGCUGCCAUCCACCACGGGGCCCCCUGGCUAAGCACCGUUUGGUGCCUCCAGCUCAGGGCCGGGUCAGCCGGAGGCUCAGUCCACGCAAGAUCUCCACUUGCACUGACCAUGAGCUAGAGAAUCACAGCAUGUACUGCGUGCAGUGCAAGAUGCCUGUCUGUUACCAGUGUCUGGAGGAAGGCAAGCAUUCCAGUCAUGAGGUGAAGGCGCUGGGUGCCAUGUGGAAACUACAUAAGAGCCAGCUGUCCCAGGCCCUGAAUGGACUUUCAGACAGAGCCAAAGAAGCCAAAGAAUUCUUGGUACAGCUACGAAACAUGGUUCAACAAAUCCAGGAGAACAGCGUGGAGUUUGAAGCUUGCCUGGUCGCCCAGUGUGAUGCCCUUAUUGAUGCUCUCAACAGACGGAAAGCCCAGCUGUUGUCACGGGUCAACAAAGAACAUGAGCACAAACUGAAGGUGGUACGUGAUCAGAUCUCUCACUGCACAGUGAAGCUGCGCCAGACAACGGGGCUGAUGGAAUACUGUCUGGAGGUCAUCAAAGAGAAUGACCCCAGUGGAUUCUUGCAGAUUUCUGAUGCACUGAUACGAAGGGUGCACCUGACUGAGGAUCAGUGGGGGAAAGGGACACUCUCCCCAAGGAUGACCACAGACUUCGACCUCAACCUGGAUAGUGCCCCUUUGUUGCAGUCCAUCCACCAACUCGACUUCAUGCAAAUGAAAUCUUCCUCCCCAGUGCCAGCACCACCAAUCCUUCAACUGGAAGAAUGUUGUACCCAUAACAACAGUGCCACAUUGUCGUGGAAGCAGCCACCUCUGUCCACAGUGCAGGUGGAAGGAUACAUCUUGGAACUGGAUGAUGGGAAUGGUGGCCAGUUCAGGGAGGUUUACGUUGGGAAGGAGACAAUGUGCACUGUGGAUGGUCUGCACUUCAACAGCACUUACAGUGCUCGGGUAAAGGCCUUCAACAAGACAGGAGUCAGCCCCUACAGCAAGACAUUGGUCCUGCAGACUUCAGAGGUGGCUUGGUUUUCGUUUGACCCCAGCACUGCUCACUCCGACAUCAUCUUCUCGAAUGACAACCUGACGGUUACCUGCAACAGCUAUGACGACCGGGUUGUAUUGGGCAAAACUGGCUUCUCCAAAGGGCUCCACUACUGGGAGUUAUCCAUCGAUCGCUAUGACAACCAUCCUGAUCCAGCUUUUGGGGUUGCCCGAAUGGAUGUUCUCAAGGAUGUCAUGCUAGGAAAAGAUGACAAGGCUUGGGCCAUGUACGUGGAUAAUAACCGAAGCUGGUUCAUGCAUAACAACUCACAUACCAACAGGACUGAAGGAGGUAUCACCAAAGGUGCCACUGUAGGCAUCUUGCUUGAUUUGACCAGGAGGACCUUGACUUUCUCCAUCAAUGAAGACCAGCAAGGACCAGUGGCCUUUGAGAAUAUGGAGGGAAUAUUCUUUCCUGCUGUCAGUCUCAAUCGGAAUGUGCAAGUAACACUUCACACUGGCCUGCCGGUCCCGGACUUCUACAAUGCACGGGGAUCCCUGCAGUAGAGACUCCCUCAUGCCUUUUUCUCAGGACACAUCAAGAGAGCUGCACUGACCUUCUUCAAGAAUUGACCUCACAGGAGCAAGAAGGAGAAUAUCUGGUCAUCUGGCAACUCCAAAGCAGCAAAAAUCUUUUUUUUAAAUAAUAAAAAAAAGCAGAGUGGCAGAAACUAAAGAAAAACAAGGACAAAACAGACUUGACACCUCUACAAGCUGCAGCAAUUGACCCCCCCCCCCUAGUUUCUCUAACCCCACAUGCUGUGCGUGAGUUAGCUUUGCUAUUUUUGCUUUUUGGUUGAUCACAGAAUUCCUGGACAAACCGAGGUGUAACUCUUGUUUCCAGUUUUGGUUUUAUUCCUUGCUAAAGGGUUUUUCCUUUUCCUUGAGUGCAAACCAGAAGUCAUGACAUAGCAGAUGUGGUUGACUCCCAGAGAAGAGAUGGUUUAUAGUCAUAUUGCUGUGGAUUAAGUUCAAAAAUGGCACGCCAAACAUUUCUACGCCGAUGGCUUGCAAGAAUUGCUUUCUCUGAGUCCAUCUAACUUCAUCUCCACCUUCUCCUCUUUCUUUGCAGUCUUUCUCCAUGAAGAAUAUCGUCAAAAAGUAUUGGACUUGGGUUGCCAUGCAGUUGGUGUUUGUAGGGACAAAUGGUAAUAAUAAUAAAUACCACAAUGGAAGCUCUACCCUUGCCAUAUUUGCAUGCACUGUUGCAAUGUAGAUAUGAAAGGGUGGAGUUUAUGUUGUGACACCACAGCACAUAUCUUGUUUUGGCAUCAUCCUGGCUACAUGUGUCUCCAAAUAUCACAAAAUCCUUUGGAGACCAUUACAUAAGCAGAUGCCAUCAAACAUAGUGGCCACAGAAUCCCAGAAUUAAAUAAAAAAUGAUUUUUAAAAAUGGCCCAAAUCUCACACGAUUGCCAAAUCCCAUGAGACUAAUUAGGAGCAGGAAUGCCAAAUCUUUUACAUUUUUAUUGGCUCCUUUAAAAAUAAGUUCAUAUUGGUACCUGUGACAGAGGUAUCUUGUGUCUUCUUAUGGACUACCCUGAGAUUAAAGAUUGAGAAUCUAUAUACAAAGCCAUGCAGAAUUAAUAAUUUUAAAAAUCCAGUGUUUUAUUUUUCCAGUGAAAGCAAACAGAAAGAUGAUCAUAUUAUUUCCAUCGAAAUGGUAGGCAAGCACUUUUGUUGGAACAGAGAGAACUCACAACAUCCACACACUUACUAAAAGAUACCAUUCCUCAUUUUUAAUUCAUAGACCACUUUUUCAAUCAGAACAAUAGCCACUGCAGAUCAUCACCAAUGCAGAAAACAGGAAACUAACAGGUGUUUUUUUAAACAACAGCAGGAAUCUCUAGGUUACAUGUGGUUUCUUAUAAUAGCAACAUUAGAGUUACAUCACAUUUUCCUCUUGGAUCUCAAAGUAGCUUACAUAGGAAUUCUUCCCUUACUUUAUUUCCCACAAAUAGCUAUAGCACUUAGACUUGUAUACAGCUUUACAAUGCUUUUACAGCCCUCUUUAAGCGGUUUACAAAGCAUAUUGCCCCCAACAAUCUGGGUCCUCAUUUUACCUACCUCGAAAGGAUGGAGGUCUGAGACAAGCUUGAGCUGGUCAAGAUCGAACUCCAGGCUGUGGUCAGAGUUAGCCUGCACUACUGCAUUCCACCAUUGGAUUCUGCCAUUGGAUUCCUAAUUAAUGAAUUAGUUAAUCGUAGAAGACAGGUUGAGCUGGGCAAGUGGAAGAUAAAUGCAAAGUUGGCUGUAAAUUGAAACCAUGAUUGGUUUACCCAGUCAAUCUUCUGAGAUGGCAACUCCAUCAGAUAUGUUUGAUUCUCUUUUGUUCAAAAAAUCUAGUGCAGCUUUUAAAAUUUUUCCUUCCAGUCUUGAGAGUGUGUUGAAUGCAAGGGAGAUCUUAACAAUCUAGGAUUCUUAGUUUGUAUUAGUUUUGUCAUGUGAAACAAGUCCAAAGCCAGACUUUCCUAAAUCAUCAUCAUCAUCAUCAUCAUCAUCAUCAUCACAAAAUAAUGGAGCCAAAUGCAAUAAACCCUAGCUAUGUUGCAGAAUCAACAUCCUGCUAGAGAAAACAAGUGUCAUUCAGAGAUAGCAAUUAUCUUCUGCCAAACCAUCCAAGAUAGUUCUACCUCUCCGUGGCAAGCUAACAGGGAAAACAGAUGAUUCAGAUAAGUUCAGCAUAUGAUUGUAUAUGAAGAGCCCUAUUGAGCCAUCAAGCUAACCAAGAUCAAAUGCUGCCAAUCUGCUGGGCUCCAUUGGUAGUUGGGAAAAAUGCUGGUCACGUGCGGAAAGUACCAUUUUGGAGAACCCUGACCAAGACUCAGGCUCCUACAGAGGCAGCUGGGAUUCCCGGAUGCUGAACCGUGCUUUGGAUUCCCGGAUGGUUUGCAAAGCAACCAACUUGACUUAUGGCUUCCUACAGAUGUCACUUACCACUUUGGGAAGAUACAAGGCAACCAUUUUGCUAUUGUCAUUGUUCUUAAAGGGAAUUUCCCUGAUCACAUAAACACAGAGCACUAUUCCUUGACAAUAUUUCUAAAUAAACUACAGGGACGGGGGAAGUAUCUCUUGAGGUUUUUUUUUUUCCUGUUUCUGUAAGCAAACUAUUAUAUGGGUAUGACUUUCUCUUGAUUGUACACUGGCGCUUAUCACACGUCUUUUCUCCCACACAUAAAUGCGAGCAGUUUGUCAGCCAUUUUAGGCAACAGCAUUUUUCAUAGCUAUAGUGAAAGUGUUGCAUCUAUUAAAAAAAAAAAGAGGGCAUGCUGUAUCAGACCGAGCACAUAUUUGUGGCUAAUGUAUGGACAAGCAAAGAUGCUUCCUCGGUAUGUUCUUCUUUUCAAGUAAUGAACUCUGCCAUGGUAACAUUUCACGAUUCCUAGCUGUGAAACCAGGCCAAUUCAAGUUGGGUCAUCAAAAGAUGCUCCAUGAGUUUUUUUUAAUAUUCUCCUUUAUCUCGAUCAUUGCUUUAUUUCCGUAUCCUGGCAUUGUCAACAUUUUGCAAUUGUAAUGCUACCAUCCUACAUUUCUGCUGCGUUAGAAUGAACGGUUUUGCAGUGGCCUAUCAUUCCAGAAGACCUACAUUAUGUUCGGCUGUAGUGCAAAAGGAGAGAAGGAGUGGUGCCUAAUACAAGCGGAGACUGAGGCACAUUUAAAUCAUUAGCAUGAAAAAUGAGUUAUGGCCUAGGUAUUCGUGCAGUUGUAUGCAUUCCAUGGAACUUUGCUACUUUCUUUGGAAGAUCCAGAGUCUUGCUUAGCAAAGCCAUAAGAUAAUAGUUUGUUAUAAGUUUACAUCCAGCAAUGAACAAAGUAGCAAAGCAGUAAGUGAAUAUCAGAUAGUAAAAAUUGGGAGAGCUUGGAAACAUCUAAGAUGCUGUUCCAGCAGGAGAUAAAGUAUAAAUGAGCCCUGGAGUUUUUGAUGGUGCAGAACCAAGUUCUCCGGAAGUCCCUCAACUUGGAGAGGAGGACCUGAAAAGAGAGGGACUUCUUGAAACUUAGUAGUUUCAUGGCAGUUAGAAGUAGUUAAAUUGUAUGGCUCAAAAAGAGAUUGUGCUGCCCAUGCAGGCUGUGGGUUUAAGAGUUUGACAUCACUUUCAUGGAGAUUGUGGGUGAUGGUCCUUCACAGGUUGGGACUUCCACUGCUUCUAAAUCAAUGCAUGUGGAGCACUUGAGGGGGGUGGUGGUGUUCAGAUUGGUGCUAUUUUAGAGGAAGUCACCUCUGAAAGUUAUGCUUAUCACUCUCUGCCAAUGGAUCUUGCUCCCCCACUUGAAGGUGACUGAUUAUUUAGGCUAAUUAUGUACAUAAUACAUUUUCCACAUUUGUUCAUUAUGGUUGCUGUCAUUGUAUUUUUUUCUCCAACCAGAGAUAGCAUGCUGGUCUCCAUAGUGAUUGCUUUCAAUUU